UUUGGUAACAGUCGUGAUUGUUGUUGCCAUGGUUUACAGCAUUUACAUUUGUCACACUCAAAUGGACGUAACAAAUUAAUUUUUCGUAAAUAAAUUCUAUCUUAAGAUAUAAUUAUUUAAAUGUAAUGGCAGAAGACAACGUGCUUUUUGUUCGGGGGAACGGAAAUGGAACAAAUACGGAUAACGACGAUGUUUGGGAUGACAGCGCAUUAAUAAAAGCCUACGAUAAAGCGGUGAAUUUAGCGAAGGAGGAAGUCGCGAAGAGAAUGGGCAUGGAUAUUCAAAAUACUGAAGUAAAGCAAAAGACACAAAACUCCAAGCAGUCUAAGCGUACAAGUACACCUUAUAAGAAGUGGAGUGUAGGAUCUCCCUGUCGAGCUAUAUACUCAGAGGAUGGAGAAAUUUAUGAAGCUAUAAUAUCGAAAAUCUAUGAGAAUAGUGGGACUUGUAUUGUAAAAUUUGUAGGGUAUGGUAAUACAGAGAAAGUGGGGUUAUAUUUUUUGUUAGAAUCUGAAGGUUUACAAAGUCAGAUAGCGCAACAAAAAGAUGCUAUUGCACAAAAACUUAAUGAAGAAAGUGUGGAGACAGAAAAGACGUAUGUUGCCAGUAGUGACCAUUCUAAAAAGUAUAAUGGGGAAAAAAUGGAAUACGAAACUGAGGAUGCAAAAGCAUAUAAGCAACACUUUAUGCCUGGGCCAUCUUUUACUUCAGCAGUAGACAUUAUGCCACCUGCUCCUCCAUUGCCACCACAACUAAUGGCAAAGCUUCCAGACAAUGAUGCAGAUGCAUUGUCAAGUAUGUUAAUGUCAUGGUAUAUCAGUGGCUUUCAUACAGGUUAUUAUCAUGGUUUAAAACAAGUGAGAAAUAAUCAAGAGAAAAGGAAAAACUGCUGAUUGUAUAAUGGUUUUU